CUGCCCCGCCCGCCUUCCGACGGGGGUGCGGCUCCAGGAAACCGUUUGCUCGGCCGCUUGGCGUCUAGGGCAGCCCAACGCACCCUGGACGACUGGGAGGGCUCGGCCCAGUCAUCCGGCAGGUCUCAGCGGCGGCAUCAGGGAUCGUAACCUCCGCCGGGUCAGAGAACCGGGCACCUCUGCACGGACGCCAACGGGGUGGACAGGGAGAGAAACGUGGAUAGAAGUCCCCCAGGCCAUGCGGACCCCGGCCAGGCCAGUCGCCAGCCAGCGAGAGCUGCAGGCCUGAGAAGGAGACAGCGGGAGCGGCGGGGGCCAUGACCUCCGUGUGGAAACGCCUGCAGCGCGUGGGCAAGCGAGCCGCCAAGUUCCAGUUUGUGGCCUGUUACCACGAGCUGGUGUUGGAGUGCACCAAGAAAUGGCAGCCAGACAAGCUGGUGGUGGUAUGGACCCGGCGGAACAGACGCAUCUGCUCCAAGGCCCACAGCUGGCAGCCAGGCAUCCAGAACCCAUACCGGGGUACCGUGGUGUGGAUGGUGCCUGAGAACGUGGACAUCUCUGUGACCCUGUACAGAGACCCCCACGUGGACCAGUAUGAGGCCAAAGAGUGGACAUUUAUUAUCGAGAAUGAAUCCAAGGGGCAGCGGAAGGUGCUGGCCACAGCCGAGGUGGACCUAGCCCGCCAUGCAGGGCCUGUGCCAGCCCAGGUUCCGUUGCGGCUGCGGCUGAAGCCCAAGUCAGUAAAGGUGGUACAUGCUGAGCUGAGCCUCACCCUCUCAGGGGUGCUGCUGCGGGAGGGCCGAGCCACGGAUGACGACAUGCAGAGUCUGGCCAGCCUCAUGAGUGUGAAGCCGAGUGAUGUGGGAAACUUGGAGGACUUUGCUGAGAGUGACGAGGAUGAGGCCAAUGGUCCAGGGGCCCCUGAGGCCCGGGCUCGAGACCCUCAGCCAGCCCCACCCCCAGAACCCCCUCGGGAGCUGAAGCCACUUUGUGAGGAUGAUGAGGGCCAAGUACGGCCCCAGCAGGCAGCUGCCAGCCCCACUAAAACUGAGGAUUCCAGCCCAGCCCCUGUGAGUGCCCCUGUGCCCCCAGCCAGGGCCUCCCGGGGCCAGGGGUCAGAAUCAGCUACUAUAGGUGGGGGCCAAGUGGGGUCUGAGGCCCCCAGGCCCCCAGGAACCCCACCGGAGGCCAGGUCCUCGAGGCAGCCAAGCCAGGACAUGGCCCCCACCCCGGCCCCUCGGCUCCAGAAAGGCUCUGAUGCUCCUCAGCCCCUGGUCCUUCAAGAGGGGAACGAGGUCCCCAAUGCCAAUGCCUCAGAGGCUUCCCCAGCAGGAGUGGGUUCUUUGGGGGAAACCGAGGCCUGGACAAGCCCUCAGGAAGGGACAGAAGCCCAGGGAGCCAGGCCGGGCUUGGACAUUGAGGAUGUGGACUCCAAAGAUACUUUGGGAAAGCAGAGAUCCAAAGCUGAAGAGGGGACUCCUGGAGACAGGGCAAAGGCUGGUGGGGUAGACAGUGAGCAAGGGGUGGGAGUCAAAGAGAUGAGCACUAAGAGGUCAGGGCUCACAGCUGGAGAGACUAAAGAGAGUCCAGAACUUAGUGAUGAUGAAGCUGAGCAGAGACGUGUGGUGAGACACAAAGCUACUACAGGACCAGAGGCUGCAGGGCUUAUGCCUGAGGCAAGAUUCAGGGUGACUCCUGAGGCACCUCCAAGGGGCUCUCAGGGGAAGAUGGGGGUCAGGGUGCAGGAAGAAGCUCCCAUAGACCUGAGCUCAUCUCCAGCAGAGCCUGCAGGGCACUCUGGGUAUCUCAGUGAUCACAGCGGGGCCAGAGAUGCUGCAGGUCAGGACAGAAAAGAUGCAGAGAUGAGAGACAGAGCCCCUGGUGUUGGGAGGACAGACCUGGAGCAGGGCCCUUCUGCUGGAUCAGCAAGCCUCAGGCCCCAGGUGAGCAGGUUUCAGGGGGCCCCAUCAUCAGCUGACCAGGGGACAAGACCUAGGGAUUGGAAGAUCUGGGAGGCAGAAGCAGAAGAGUCAAGGGUCCUGGAAAUAGAGACUGAACAGGCAGAGUGGGAGGUAUUUGGUACCCAGAAGACAGAAGCGGGGGGAUCAGCGUUCUCCAAGAUAGAGACUAGGCCAGCAGACACUGAGAUAUUGGGGGCCCACGAGACGGAGACAGCAGAGUCAGAGGCUGCUAGGCCAGCAGAGUUGGAGGUACUGGGGCCCCAGGAGACAGGGCUUCCAGGGAUGCUGGGAAAAGAGGCUGGGAUAGCUGACUCUAAAGUAUUAGGGAUCCAGAAAAUAGAGGCUGAGGGUUCAGCAGUUCUGAGGACAAAGACUAAGGUAGUAGAGACUGAGAUAGUGGGGGCCCAGAAGAUAGAGGCAGGAGGUUCUGGGGUACCAGAGACAGAGGGUGGGGAGGCAGAGGGUGAAAUAUUGGAGACGCAGGAUAUAGCAGCCAAGGGGCCAGGGAUUCCAGGGAUAGAAGCUGAAGUGACAGAGUCUAAGAUUUUGGGGGCCCAGGAGACAGAGGUGGGGGUUCCAGUGAUGCCAGGGACAGAGGCUGGAAUAGCAGAGUCUGAGGUAUUGGAAAUCCAGAAAACAGAGGUUGGGGGUUCAGAAGUUCUGGGAACAAAGACUAGGAUAGUAGAGUCUGAGAUACUGGGAACCCAGAGGGUAUCUGAGGGCUCCACAUUACUGAAGGUAGAAGCUGAGAUAGUGGGGGCCCAAAAGACAGAGGCAGGAGGUUCUGGGGUACCAGAGACAGAGGGUGGGGAGGCAGAGGCUGAAAUAUUGGAGACACAGGAUAUAGCACCUGAAGGGUCAGGGGUUCCAGGGAUAGAAGCUCGGGUGGCAGAGUCUGAGAUACUGGGGAGCCACAAGACAAAGGUUAGGGUUUGGGGGAUCUCAGGGAUAGAGGUCAGAACAACAGAAACUGAGAAGUUCGGGACCCUGGAGACAGAGGUAGGAACUUCAGAGAUUUCAGUAAUGGAAACCAAGAUAGCAGAAACUGAGAUAUUGGAGACAGGGGGUUUAGGGGUUCCAGGAAUAGAACGUGAGAAAGAAGAGUUGGGGAGAUCAGAGGCCCAAGAGUCAGAGAUAAGAGGUUCAGGGGGUCUAAGGAUGGAGACCAGGACAGCACAAGCUGAGAUACUGAGGACCCAGGAGAUAGCAGCUAGGACUUCAGGGGUCUCAGGGCCAGAGCCUGAGGUAGUUCAGACCCAACAGACAGAAACUAUGAUUUCAGAGUCUGAGGAUGCAAAAGUUGAGACUCUAGGGGUCCAGGAGGCAGAGACUAGAGUUGGGAGAGCUCUCAAAUAUGAGGCUUUAAAGGUCCCGGUUACGAAGCAAAAAGCUUUAAGAUCCCAGGAAGUAGAGACAGAGGUUUCAGGAGUACAUGGAGCAGAGAUUAAAGUUUUGAGGUUCCUGGGAGAAGAAGACAGGGUUUUGGGAGUGCCAGAAGCCAAAUCUGGGGUUUGGGGGAUCCAGAAAGCAGAAAUGGCAGUUUUAGGGCCCACAGAGAAUAAAUCUGGUAUUUUUGAGGCCCAGAAAGCAGAGGCUGGGGUCUUGGGAACCGAGAAGGGGAAAGAAGCUGAGGGAGGCGUCCCAGAGGCCGGCCUGAUUGAGGCACAGGUGGCCAGUGGGGCAGGGGCUGGGGUGCCCAGGCCCUCAGGGGCCUCUUCCCCAGAGGAGCCUGAAGAGGACAGGAGGCUGCCGGGCAGCCAGGCACCACCUGCCCAGGUCAACUCCAGCCAGUCCCUACUGGAGUGGUGCCAGGAGAUCACCACUGGCUAUCGUGGUGUCCGAAUCACCAACUUCACCACAUCCUGGCGCAAUGGCCUGGCCUUCUGUGCCAUCCUGCACCGAUUCUAUCCUGACAAGAUUGACUACGCCUCCCUCGACCCACUCAACAUCAAGCAGAACAACAAGCAGGCCUUCGAUGGUUUCGCAGCCCUGGGAGUGUCACGGCUGCUGGAGCCCGCGGACAUGGUGCUGUUGUCGGUCCCCGACAAGCUCAUCGUCAUGACAUACCUGUGUCAGAUCCGCGCUUUCUGUACCGGGCAGGAGCUGCAGCUUGUGCAGCUGGAGGGCGGCGGUGGCACCGGCACGUACCGUGUGGGCAGUGCCACGCCAAGCCUGCCUGACAAGCUGGAUGCUGGCGACCUGGCGCAGCGGCUGCGUGAGCAUGGGCCGAGGUGCCCAAGUGUGGACCCCAUCACAGCCUCCGCGGGCUCGGACGCUGGCUGCGCUUCCAAGGACUUCGAGGCCAAGGUCGUAGGGGAAACGAGUCCCCCCCCAGAGUUCCCGGGUGAAGUCCCUGCAGCUCCAACACCGGUAGCCCCAGUUCCCCCAGCGGAGGGGCUGGUGAACGGGCCAGGAGCGACAGCAGGCGGGGGCGGUGUGAGACUGCGACGGUCCUCAGUCAAUGGGGAGGCUGGCCCGGUGCCACCACCCCGUGCGCAUGGCUCCUUCUCCCACGUGCGCGACGCCGACCUGCUGAAGAAGAGGCGCUCCAGGCUGCGCAACAGCAGCUCCCUCUCCGUGGACGAGCCGGACUCGGGAGCCACGGGAGUUGCUGGAGCUUCGGCCACGGAAGGCCUGAUUCCUGACCUCAGCCCUGCCCCUGGCCCACCCACAACCACAGCCCCACAGCAGCCUCCUGGUGGGAGUCCCCCAUUGGAAGAGCAACCCCCAAGUCCAGGGGAGGAGGCUAGAUUGCAACGGUUCCAGGACACAAGUCAGUACGUGUUCGCAGAGCUGCAGGCCCUGGAACAGGAGCAGAGGCAGAUAGAUGGGCGGGCGGCUGAGGUGGAGGUGCAGCUGAGGAGCCUCAUGCAGUCAGGUGCUAACCGGCUGCAGGAGGAGAUUCUGAUUCAGGAGUGGUUCACACUGGUCAACAAGAAGAACGCGCUCAUCCGGAGACAGGACCAGCUGCAGCUGCUCAUUGAGGAGCAGGAUUUGGAACGAAGGUUCGAGCUGCUGAGUCGUGAGCUUCGUGCCAUGCUGGCCAUCGAAGACUGGCAGAAAACAGCUACGCAGCAGCACCGAGAACAGCUACUGCUGGAGGAGCUGGUGUCACUGGUGAACCAGCGUGACCAGUUGGUCCGGAACCUGGACCAAAAGGAACGGAUUGCCCUGGAGGAAGAUGAGCGCCUGGAGCGCGGCCUGGAGCAGCGGCGUCGCAAGCUGAGCCGGCAGCUGAGCCGUCGGGAACGCUGUGUGCUGAGCUGAGCUGAGUUGAGCCUGCCUCACCUUCACCUGGCCCCCAGGCCCAGGCCAAAGCAUUGCCUGUUCCUGGUGCUCACUCACUGCUCCUCAGCCUGUGCUGCAGCGGACCUGGCCUCGGAGACACCCUCACUAGGCUGCCCGUAUUUAUUUGUCAGUAUGCGUGUGUGUGUGUGUGUGUGUGUGUGUGUGUGUGUGUGUGUGUGUUCUUGGUUCAAUGAGCAGGACCCUUCCCCAGUGGGUGGGCCUGGGCGACUGCCUGGGAAGAGGGACUCUAUGGGGAAAGGUGCCUGUGCUCUCCUCCCCUUCCUGUUCCUGGCCAGCAGUAAAGUUGGACAAGGAAACAGCA